GAAGGUCGUCUCCAGAGCCUUCAACCUCCAGAGGGGGAGAAUUGCAGAGAAAGUCGGCUGACUGCCCCUCUAAAGUCUCUAGAGAAAAUGGCUGCAAGCCCUCAAACCAAGCUCUUGACCAGCCAAAGGGGAUCCCUGGUGUGUUCGGUCACUUUGGCACCAAUGACUGCAAAGAGUGACACCAAGAUGUCCAUAUGCCUAGGGACCCACGUAAUGCCUAGGGACCCAUGGGGCCCAGGCUGGGGAAUGGGCACCACUGUCGGUACCGUCUCUACAAAAUUGGUGCCAACAAAAAGAUCCUUGGCAUGGAGCACUUCAAAACAGCUCCAGUUGGAAUGAGCCGCACAUAAAAGGCCGUCGGUACCGAGUCAGCAUCAACAACAGUCCCUGACAGCAUCGACCACAGUCAUAUCACCGGAGUUCUGCUUCUCUGGUUCCUCCACAACCAUAAGGUCCCGAGAGUCCUCACUAUUCGGUACCCAGGCUCCAGCACCGAGCCCAUCUCGGUCCCCAGAACUACCAUCAGCACCGGGGCGUUCACCUCCAGCGCCCUUAUCAGCCCCACCCUACUCCAGCGGGGAGUCAGACAGUGACCAGAAGGACCGCUUGUCUCUGGUCUUACGUCACAACCCUCUGUUUAAGCAUCUGAGACCUACACAGCUGCAUCCACGCUGAGAUCCCCAAUCUUCCUGGUAUGGUCAUCUGUGGGUAGUGCCACCCAUGCCCUUCCCCUUCGGUGGCCUUGCUGGGAUCCACGGGCAGCCUACAAGCCCCACACCUCUCGGGGAUCUAGAAUCUCCCACAGAGAGUCCACCAGAUGAUCCCCUCUGGACCCUGUAUCCAGAGCCCCAGAGGCUUGGGAAGAAACUUUCAAGCAACAGGAGGCCAGACUAGAGGUGAACACCACUCCACCAAUGAACAUCUCCUCUUCACCUGAUGAGGUGGUGAUGCCCCCUCCUCCAUCAUUAGCUGAUGAUUUUAAGCUUUUCCAAGAGGGUGGCUAAGGCUCUGCAAACUCCCUUCAAGGAAGUGAAAGACUCACACCACAAAUUGCUGGACAUACUGCACACCUCUUCCUCUUCCAGAAUUGCCCUCCCAGUCAAUGAGGUGCUUUUAGAUCCUGCCACGGCCAUCUGGCAGACAUACCUCUAUUGCAUCAACCUGCAAGAGGGCAGACAAAAAUGUUUCGUGCCCCCCAAGGAGGCCGAUUAGGCAGACUAGAUUAGACCUGUUUGCCUACAUAGCAGCCAAGGACUGGAAUGCUUAAAGGGGACUUUGUUUGGCUUCUUGUUAACCAGUGUGGUGCUACAAAAGCUUGAUUGAUAUUGGUUUCGUGACUCUAUUAUAGAUUAAACCACCAGUUCUGGAGGAGUGCAAGCCCUUUUUCUUGCAGUCUGCCCUGAGUGUGGCAUUCUUAGAGUGGCCUAUCCGGGCACCCAGGCACAGCUUCCAAAGUUGGUGCAAUUCCAAACGUGGCUCCCACAUCUUCCUCCCUCCCUUUGAUCCUAGAUUCUAUUCUAGGUCUCAGAAGGUCUGGUCUCUCUCUUAGCUCGCAGUUAAAGUACAUCUAGUGGGCAUAGCAACUUUUCACCAUCAGGUGGACGGACACUCAGUAUUCGCCCAUCCAGCAACACGCAGAUUCCUCACGAGCGUGAGAAACCUCUUCCCACAGGUCGGAUCACCCACUCCAACAUGGGACCUCAGCUUGGUUCUGAAAACUAACUAGAACACCCUUUGAACCCAUGGCCACUUGCUCCCUCCUACAUCGGUCCGUGAAGACAGCAUUCCUUGUGGCCAUUACCUCAGCACGGCAGAUGUGGAAAUAGCAGUGUUGUUGGCACAGCUGCUGUUCACCGUCUUCUUUAAGGACAAAGUCACCCUGAGGCACGUCCCAUGCUCCUACCCAAGAAAGAUCCAGAGGCACCACAAUAUCAGCUCAAAGGCUCUCAAAAUGGGUCUCCGGUUGCACUAACCACUGUUACCAUGUGUGUAACCUGCUGCCCCGUCAGGAAGCCGCAAGCACUCCACGAGAGCUGUUUCUACCUUGGUUGCGUUUCCAACCUGGGUUUCUGCUCAUGCUUUCGCGGAACACUACGCAAGUACUCGGGACUCGGCCUCUCAUACCAUCUUCAGUUCCUCAGCACCAUCGUCAGUAACAGACUCCAGCCCGAAGCCCCAGCCCGCCAUGGGGGAUACUGCUGGGAAGUCACUGCGGUGGAGCACCCAUGGGGACACUACUCAAAGAAGAAGAGGACGUUGCUCACCUUGUGCAGUAACGAUGUUUUUUUUGAGAUGUGUGACCCCUAUGUGUGUUCCACCACCCACCCUCCUCCCCCCGACUUCAGAGUUCUCGACGAGGGGCUCUGUGGUAGAGAAGGAACGGAGGGUGGUUUGCCCACGCAGCGCUUGAUGGCCUCCAGGCAGGCCACAAGGGAGGGAGAGCGCAUGUGCAGGCUGAACAAAUGCUGCUACCUAGGUUCUCUGAUUAGAGGCGAAGAGACCCAGAUACAUCUACAGUGGAGCACCCAUAGGGAUCCUACUCGGAGAACCAUUGUUAUUGCACAAAGGCCGGAGUCCCCCAGGUUGACAAGUGACACUCUGUCAAAGAUCAAACAAGAGGAGGAGCCCCAUGUGCAGGAUCAAGGGGCCUUGGAGGAAAGUAAAAUCCCAACAGACCCACCACACUGCAGCCCAGAUGUUCCUCAUGGCUUCCCACCAAUCCUAACCAACUGCAGGCACUUAAUCCCUCCCAUCACCCAUCCUUCCUCCGAGUGUUCGGAGGAGUCAUUGAAGCAGAGCUGGUCUCCUCCUCUUCCCUCUGACGAAGCUGAUGAUGAGGGGAUUGUGAUCAAAACCGAGGUGCAGCAAGUGGAGGAUGUGCCAGGGACGUCGCUGGAAAGAGCAAAAGAGGAAGCUGUCCUGGGAUCCUGGGAGCAUGUCCAGGACCCUGGGGUGGAACUUUCUGAAAACCUGAAGGUGCCGGGGACGAUGUUGGGAGGAUUUGAAGAGGAGGAUUUCCAGGAUCCUGGGGAGGUAACAGCCCAGGAGGUUGCGUGCAGCUCAGUAACACAGCAGAGAAGCCACGCAGAGAGCAGGACAGUGACCUCCGCUCACCGAGGUGGGGCUCUGAUCCACCACCAGAGAAAGAGCACUCGGGAGAGACUGUUUGUGUGCGCAGUGUGUGGGAAGAGCUUCAGGCUGAAGAUAAAUCUCAUCAUCCACCAGAAAGGCCACGCAAACGAGCUGCUGUACGAGUGCGCACACUGUGGGGAAAGUUUCAGAGCCAAGCAGAAAUUUCUGCUGCAUCUGCGACACCAGACAGCUGCGGGGGCCUGUUUGCUCUCUGCUCCUCAGGAACGCUCAAGCCAAGCAGCUCCCCCUGAGUCCCAGCCCCGAAGCCAGACGGACGACGGUUCCAGCGGUAUCACCAAACGGCUCAAGAGGCUGGGUCACAAAUCGAGUCUGAGCAAAUACCAGCCGCCUCGUGUGCAAAGGACGUACACGUGCAGGGAAUGCAUGGAGCACUUCUCUAAGAGGAGGUGUCUCGUCGUGCACAAAAGGAUGCACACCGACCGCAGCAAGGGGUCGCUCAUACUGUGUCCAUACUGCAGCAAGAGCUUCACCCGUCCCUCUGACCUCAUCCGGCACCAGAGGAUCCACACUGGGGAGCGGCCCUACCAGUGUGCCCAGUGUCACAAAACCUUCAACCGGCACCACCACCUCGUGGACCACCAGAAAAUCCACACGGAGAGAGAGAGGCCCUAUCAAUGCAGCGAGUGCGGGAAAGCCUACAUCCGCAGGCAGCACCUCCUCAAGCACAAACACAGCCACAGGAAGAAGAAAUCGUAACAGGCGAGAGAGCCGGUCUGCAGAAACACUGAGGGGUCAGCGGGGCAAUCUGCAUGAGGGAGAUGCUGAAUGGCUCAACGGCUUCCAGUCGGAAUAGCUGCUUCUGGCCUGCCCGCGUUUACGGCCAGCCAAGCUGGGGGGCUGCAUAGGUGUAGCCAAGGGGAGGAUUGGUCUUUGAUUUUUAAUGAGCUGCGGCCAAUUCACCUGGGAGACUAGGGUGUCUGUUGAUUUCACCUUAUCCUGCUAAGGCAAUUAAGGCUAAGCCAUGGUGCAUCAGUGUCGAUGGUAAACCCAGGCGUGACAACCCAGGCAGAUUUGUUCCUGGAUAAGAGGUUUCAAUAAAGCGACUGCACUGCAGCAGGAUGUCAUGUUCACAGGAACAUGAACUGGCAGCAAAUGAAUAUUGAAGUGAAAAGCUCCGGUUUUAAUGGGACAAUACAAAUGGAUGGAGUGUGGCGAUGGGCAGCUCACGGCAGCGGAGAAGGGACUCCUGUGUUCAGCGUUUAAUACGUGUCAGUAUUUAAACAGAUUCCAAAGCCGGGCGGGCACAUUGGGGUCACCUGGUCUGACCACCCUGUAUAACGCACACCACGUGACUUCGGCUGAAAUAGAGCAACUCUUUUUUUUUACAAAAAAUA